AUGAGACUUCAAGCCUAUUUCAGAACUAACUGCCACAUGCUUGGAUCUUUCACCCAUCUCCCAACACAAGGACUAAUUGCGGAUCCAUAUUUUCUUUGCUUGCCAGAUAGCCUCCCACGAUCUCGAGAGGUUGCUCGAGAGGGAGGAAGCAUAAACACCAGCCAGUAUAACAGGGUGGAGAGGUGGAAUGAAAUAUUUGGAGCCAAGCGCGAUCUUAUCGAUCAGGCAAAGUCGGAAUCACUCGCUAUCACUCGAAGGUUUCACUGGACACCGAAAUUACCCAACGAGGGCUCGGUAAAAUGUUUCGAGACGAAGAAUCGAGAUCCCCGAAGCGAUAUCUACCCAGAUACUAUUAUCAAUGAUCCACUUUUCGGGCCGGUUCUAUGGCGUAAAAUAGUGCAGAAAAACACAAUUCAGAUCUAUUACAAGAGAGUAUCAAGGCAUAAAGACUCAAUUCCUACUUAG